UGUUAUUUAUCAUAACUCUAUCAUUUAAGGUCAGUGGUUGGAUGUAAAAGUUUUGAAAUAGGGUUUUUAUUUGCCUCAUCUUCAUAGUGGCAAGUGUCCAGUGUGGGAAAACAACAGUGCGCAUGCGUAAAGCCAUUUGACGCCAGGUGUAACUGAUUACCUGUUGCCCUGCUGCACUCUGAUUGGCCAUUUGCCAAGUCCUGAUGUUACUGGCUCGUUGUUGGCGGAAGUUAGCGCGCUAUUUAUUUUAAAGAUGAUAAUUGCAGUCGAGAUGAAACCGACCACCGGAUAUUAUUAUAAACCAAACCUCUGUUAAAAAUGAUCCGAUUUAAUGAAGGGCAGUGCCAGCUCGCCAGAGAGGGCGCUUCCUGUGCGUCCCCUGUGUGUUAUUUUUCGGUGGAGAUGAAAAAUAAAGACUGUCAGAAACUCGAGCAUCUCUUUGAGAGGAUGCAGCAGGACAACGCUGUGAAACUGGGCUUUUGGCAGCCAUGUACAGGCAAGCUAAGGAAAACAGGAUGUUGGGAGGCUGAGAAGAAUGGAGGCUGCACCUAAGCUGCGUGCCUAGCUAACCCAUGGAGAACUGACAGGAACAGUGCUGGAUGGAGGCCAAGACACUGGAUGGCGAAGACGAGGAAGCACACAGUAUUGUGGAUCACUUGUGUCGUUUGUUCUCUUUUCUCAGCCGAUCCAAAGUAGAUGCAAAGUAUUCUGCAAUGUGCCUCAUUUGUUCACUCUGUCACGUGUCGCCCAUGGAGAGAUGGCAAAAAGAAUCAGGAUAGACUGUCAAGGCUAAAGAAAAUCAUUUACUGCAUGCAGGAGUUGCAGUCUUAUCUCUGCAAAUUUUAGGCUGAUAACAAAAGAAGUGUAGACACUAGAUAACGUUUCCUGCUCACAGCUCUGUUGGAUUCAUAUGAAUUAGAGACCACAGGGGAGACAGUUGUUGUAGAUAGUAACCAUCAUGGGCAGGUGCAGAGGCAAGGCUUCCUGCUUACUGUUUUUAGCUGGGCUGGUGCUAACAGGAAUAGCUUUGGAAUAUGAGGGGGUUCCUGGUCAGUGGACACGCUACGGCCAGUGGGAUGCCAAAGCAACAGGUGAGCUCAGCUUUAUUCUGAAAACCAACAUCAGCAAAGCCCUGGUGCUCUAUCUGGACGACGGAGGGAACUGCGACUUCCUGGAGCUCCUGAUCGCAGACGGGAGGCUCCAAAUGCGCUUCACCAUCCACUGUGCCGAACCAGCCUCCCUGCACACAGAGACACGAGUCAACGACCUGCGCUGGCACAGAGUCCUUCUCACCCGAAAUUACAGAGAGACCCGACUGGUGGUGGACAAUGAGGAGAAAGUGGCCGAGGUGAAGUCCAAGAGAAAAGAGAUGGUAGUGGCCAGUGACCUCUACGUCGGGGGAAUUUCGCCGGAUGUCCGUCUAUCUGCCCUGACAUCCAGCACUGUAAAAUACGAGCCACCAUUCCAGGGCCUUAUAGCCAAUUUGAAGCUGGGGGAGGCGCUACCGUUGCUGUUGGAUGGCCAAGCUGUUCAUAGUGAUUUGGAGUACAUAUGUGACAUACACUCUCCGUGCAGCAACAAAGGCCUGUGCUCUGUCAGCCAAGGAGAGGUCCUCUGUGACUGUAUCAAUACCAGCUACAGGGGAAGGUACUGCCAUGAAGCUGUCCAGAAAGAAGUAGAAGGUCUGGCGCACCUGAUGUUAAACCGCCAAGUUUUUCGCCAAGGGCAGGAGGAGUCAGUGGCCACCUUCAAAGGCAAUGAGUUCUUCAGCUACAACCUGUCCCAGACUCCCAUUCAGAGCAGUUUGGAUGAGAUCACACUGUCCUUUCGUACCCUGCAAAGGAACGGCCUGCUGCUUCACACGGGGAGGUCAGCUGAUUAUGUCAACCUGUCCCUAAGGAACGGGGCUCUGUGGCUGGUCAUCAAUCUGGGCUCCGGUGCUUUCGAGGCCCUGGUGGAACCGGCCAAAGGGAAGUUCAAUGACAACGUCUGGCAUGACGUUAGAGUGACGCGCAACCUCCGCCAGGUGACAAUCUUGGUGGAUGGAAUUCUCACCACCACCGGCUACACUCAGGAGGACUACACCAUGCUGGGCUCUGAUGAUCUCUUCUACAUAGGGGGCAGCCUAAACACAGCUGACCUGCCAGGCUCCCCGGUCAGCAACAACUUCCUGGGCUGUCUAAAAGAUGUGGUCUACAAGAAUAAUGAGUUUAGACUGGAGCUGUCACGACUGGCUGAACAGCGAGACCCAAAGAUCAGUAUCCAUGGUGACCUGAUAUUCAGCUGCGAGGAUGUGGAAGCCCUGGAGCCGGUCACCUUUGACACGCCGUCUGCCUACUUGACAUUGCCCAGGUGGAACACAAAGAAGACGGGCGCCAUAUCUUUUGACUUCCGCACCACAGAGCCCGUCGGCCUGCUGCUGUUCAGCCACGGCAGCCUGCAGGGCACGCAGCCCGACAGGAAGCCCAGGGCCGAUUUCUUCGCCAUAGAGCUGCUGGAUGGGUUUCUCUACCUGGUCAUGGAUAUGGGCUCUGGCAGCAUCAAGAUGAGAGCCAGUAACAAGAGGCUCGACGAUGGCGAGUGGUGCCAUGUGGACUUCCAGAGGAGAGGGCGCAACGGCUUUAUCUCGGUGAACAGCCAGAGCAUCCCCUUUUCUGCUAACGAGGGCAGUGAGAUCCUUGACCUAGACGGAGACAUGUAUCUCGGAGGUUUACCUGAAGACCGCCAAGCCCUCAUGCUCCCCCCUGAGGUAUGGACCGCCUCCCUCAGCCUUGGCUACGUGGGCUGUGUGAGGGACCUCUUUAUUGACGGGCAGAGCCGGAACCUGUGGAGGCUGGCCGAGGUUCAGAGCGCCACAGGUGUCAGCAGCUUCUGCACCAGGGAGACUCAUGUCAGGUGCGCCAGAGACACGUGUGCCAACGGCGGACACUGCAGAGAAGGCUGGAACCGCCACAUUUGUGACUGCAACGGUACUGGCUACCUCGGGCCCAGCUGCGAGAAGGAGGCCACCAUGGUGAGCUAUGACGGCAGCAUGUAUCUGAAGGUGGUGCUGCCAAGGACGCUGCACACAGAGGCCGAGGACGUGUCCCUCCGCUUCAUGUCCCAGAGGGCUUUUGGCCUGCUGAUGGCCACCACGUCGCAGCAGUCGGCGGACACCCUGCGUCUGGAGCUGGACGGAGGCAGAGUGAAACUCACUGUGAACCUGGAUUGUAUCAGGAUAGACUGUAAUCUCAGCAAGGGACCAGAGGUACUCCUGGUAGGCGAGAAGCUGAAUGAUAAUGAGUGGCACACAGUGAAGGUGGUGCGGCGUGGGAAGAAUUUGCAGCUCUCUGUGGACAAUGUGACAGUGGAAGGCCACAUGACUGGCGCCCACACCCGCCUGGAAUUCAAUAACAUCGAGACGGGGAUCAUGACAGAGCGGCGUUUCAUCUCUGUGAUGCCUUCCAACUUCAUUGGCCAUCUGCAAGCUCUCUCCUUCAACGGGAUGCUAUAUCUCGACCAGUGCAAGAACGGAGACAUCUCGUACUGCGAGCUAAAUGCUCGAUUCGGCAUGAGGCACAUUGUGGCCAAUCCUGUAACUUUUCAAACCCAAGCCAGCUACUUGGCCUUCUCCACCUUGCAGGCUUACGCCUCCAUGCACCUUUUCUUCCAGUUCAAGACCACCACUCCCGACGGCCUGAUACUUUACAACUCUGGAGAUGGUAGUGACUUCAUUGUGGUGGAGCUGGUCAAAGGGUACAUUCAUUAUGUCUUUGACUUGGGAAAUGGGCCGUCGCUUAUGAAGGGGAACUCUGACAAGCCUCUUAGUGACAACCAGUGGCACAACGUGAUGAUCUCCCGUGACAACAACAAUGUGCACAUCCUUAAGAUUGAUUCCCGCACUGUCACCCAACACGCCAGUGGAGCACGCAACCUGGAUUUAAAAGGGGAACUGUACAUUGGCGGCGUUGGGAAGAGCAUGUACAGCAGCCUGCCCAGGUUAAUAGCAUCCCGAGAAGGAUACAAGGGCUGCCUGGCAUCCGUGGACCUGAACGGAAGACUCCCCGACCUGCUGGCUGAUGCCCUCCACAAGGUUGGAGAGGUGGAGCACAGCUGUGGAGGUCCCAGCACCACCUGCACAGAGGACUCCUGCCUCCACCAGGGAGUGUGUCUGCAGCUGUGGGAGGGCUUCUCCUGUGACUGCACCAUGACCACCUAUGGGGGGCCGUUCUGCAGUGACCCUGGGACCACGUACAUUUUUGGGAAAGGGGGGGCUCUCAUCACAUUCACCUGGGCCCCCAAUGAGAGGCCGAGCACUCGAGCCGACCGGUUAGCCGUGGGCUUCAGCACUCAGCAGAGGGAUGCCAUCUUGGUGCGAGUGGAGAGCACCCACGGGCUCGGAGACUAUCUUCAGCUGCACAUAGAUCAAGGAAAAAUUGGUGUCAUCUUCAAUGUGGGGACGGAUGACAUCACCAUCGAUGAGCCUGCUGUCAUAGUAAAUGACGGCAAGUACCAUGUAGUGCGCUUCACACGCAGUGGUGGCAAUGCCACUCUCCAGGUGGACAACCAUCCAGUCAUUGAGCGUUAUCCGCCAGGACACUAUGAUAAUGAACGACUGGCUAUUGCUAGACAAAGAAUCCCAUACAGACUUGGUCGGGUAGUUGACGAGUGGCUACUCGAUAAAGGGAGACAGUUGACCAUCUUUAACAGCCAGGCAGCCAUUAAAAUUGGCGGUCAUGACAAGGGUCGGCCCUUCCAGGGUCAGAUUUCAGGGCUCUACUACAACGGUCUCCAGGUGCUCAAACUGGCAGCAGAAAAUGAUCCCAGCGUACAGGUGGAGGGGAACCUGCGUCUUGUCGGGGACUCGCUCUCCGUCUUGACCACCGACACCACCUCCGCCACCCCGCUGGCAGUGUCUGAUAUGUCUACCACAAUAAUGGAAACCACCACCACCAUGGCCACCACCACCACCCGCAGGCAGCGGUCACCCAGCUUGAGGGAGAGCAUCUCAAAGCCGCAGAACUCUGAUGAUAUUUUGGUGGCCUCCGCUGAGUGUCCAAGUGAUGAUGAGGACCUGGAAGAGUGUGAGCCAGGAACAGGAGGUGAAUUAGUGUUGCCUAUUAUAACAGUGGAUUCCCUUGAGCCCCCAUCCAUCGCCACCCGUUACCCCGUCAUCCCUCCUCCCCCAACCCUCCUAUCCCCACUCGAAACCACCAAAGAGUCCCUGAUACUCCCUUCUCACCCUUCCUGCCCCCCGGACCAGGAGGACUGCGGUGACCCUGUGGAGGUCUCGGCCUUCGGCUCUGGGGAGAUGACGGAAUCAGAUGACGAGGACUUUUACAAUAAUAACUCCCCCAUGGUCACUGACAGGACAGUCCUUCCUCCACCUCCCACCGAUGGUGAGGGUGGAGUCCAGAAACCCCGCCCCCUACCUCCUUAUGUUCCCACCACCAACCCUGACCAGCUCCACAUCCCUGCAGGCAAAAUGAACACCCGUGACCAGGUGCUUCUGCCCCCUGCUCCUCCAUCCUCCCGAAACACACCAGGACUAACUUACCCCCCCAAUUUUCCCCAUGUGCCCACAGCCAACCCCACAGCCUCUGAUGAUAAGAGCCAACCCGGUGCCGUGGAGGUGAUCAGGGAGUCCAGUAGCACCACGGGGAUGGUGGUUGGUAUUGUGGCUGCUGCUGCUCUCUGCAUUCUUAUCCUCCUCUAUGCCAUGUACAAGUACCGCAACCGGGACGAGGGCUCCUACCAGACAGACCAGAGCCACAAUUUUGCCAACAAUUCCACUGUGGAGGGCAACGGAGCAGUGGUCAAAGACAAAAGCACAGCAACGGCCUCUGUGGCUAAGGCAAUCACAAAGGGCAAAAAGAACAAAGACAAGGAAUAUUAUGUCUGAGAAGGAGGGAAGUGUGGACUGAGACAAGAGGAUGCUUUCGUUUCGCUCUCCGAUUUUGUCAGGUCGACCAUCAGAGAAAUCUCACAGGCCACAAAAUAAACAACUGCACAAAGCAAAGCUUGCAUUUAACGAUUGCAUUCUCCUCAAAAGUCAAGGUUGCCCAGCUCCUAUUCGUGAUAAAAUCCUCAUCUACAGCACAAGAUCUGACUCAUUCUGUGGGUCACGAUGUGCACUCAGUCUGCAUUCACCAAUUCUUUGUUAGUGUGUCAUUUUUUUAUGUUUUCAACAAGCUAGGAAGAGGCAUACACACUUUGGCUUUGUAUAUAGCAUGGUACAGUGAAGGAAGUGCUGAGAACAUCCGGACAGAUUUGCCUAAAUGUUUUCUUUGUACUUCUUUGUAACGCUCUAUCUCAAGUCUCAAUGUCCCCAUUAUGAUAUAUGAGGCAGAACAGGCCAGUUAUUGAAUUUUUAUGGUAGAUAAGCAGAGAGCCACUCCAGUAAUUCUGGCUACACUCGGAAUGAAAGCCCUUAUAUUUGGAUAAGACAUCAUCUCUGCAGCCACCAUGUUACGUUAUGUGGUUUUAAAACUCCUCAGUCACUCUGCCUCUGUCCACAAGAAAUGGUAUUAUGUUGCCGGUGCAGCAUCAUGAAUGAAGCAUGAAAUUUAGCUCUCCUGGAGAAAAAGACAGCAGUUUAAAGGGAUUGUUAAAUCACUCAACAUACUCCAGCCAGUGAACCUUAUAGUAUGACGGAUUUAUGUGAGAUAUCACAAUCAGUUGGCCAUGCCAUUCCAAGUAGGGGUAAUUGUGAACAAUCAGUCUACACCAGUGAAGGUAUUUCUCUGUAAACAUUGCUUGUAUGUACAUAUAGAGGUUAGCAAGAUUGAAAAAGCAUUGUGUACACAGGGGAACAGGUAUGGAGAAGAAUAAACAUCUGAGAUGCUCUGCCCCCCCUCCCCAAACACACACACACGCACAUUUUCACAACGACAUCAAAACCGCUGCCGCCCGAACUUCACAGGAAUUGGGGGGAACACAGAAUCAUAUUUUGGGAAGUUUUUCUUCCUCGAGAGGGAGAUACAACCCGCCUCACCAGAGGCUGGCUCACUCUUUUCUCAAAACUGUCAUGGGAUAAUUCAAAAGCACACAGAAAAUGUAAACAUAUCUUUGAGACAUAGAUAUUCCUUGUAAAGCAGCCAAACAUGUAUUGUUUUUUUCUAUCAGUUACUAAAAGACUAUUCUAUGAGAUGAAUAAUUGAAGGUUUGUGAAUUGUAUUGAUAUUUCUCUGAUAUUUCGAUGUAUCUUGUUACCACUCCUCUUAACACGUUACAUUUUAGAUUGCCUUUUACUUAAAUCCAGACAAAAAGCACACUUUCCUCCAAUAGCCGCAAAUAUCUUUGAGUUUUUGCAUUAUUUACGGUUCCGAUUAUGCAGAGAAAACACAAGGAUGGAACAAACAAAUGUUUUUGUUUUGUUGCAUUGUGCAUUUUAUAUGUGCUGAAUCUGUUACUCAAUGGAUCUGAUAAUAUAAAGCCAUUUUCUCUGUUGAGUUAUGUCUACAUUUACUUAUUCAUGCUCUGUGAUUUCCUGUUAUUUUUUUAUGAAAGUGCCAUUCAACAUGAGCUGCUCAGCGCUCAGAAAAUAUUCCAUUCCUCACUCAUUGCUAUUGUAUAGUGUUCAUGUGAAAUGGAUCUUAAUAUGUGUACAGAACGUGGAUAAAGAUGAAAAUACACUUG